UUUGGAGUUUCUUUACAGGUUGGAUUUUAGGAGAAUUCUCGCCGAUCCUUUGGGAGACGAUUUUGCUUGCUGCUGUCUGCGCAGUGUGGGCAUACCGGCUGACUGCCGGAUAUUUUUGGUGUAAAACGACGCACCAAAUUUUGGCGCCGUUGCCGGGGAUCGGUUUUUAAGUAGUAAUUUUCCUAUUAUUUCGAUUUGCUUUUUUUUUUAUUUAUUUUUGUUUGAGGUUGAUCUAUAGCUGAAAUUGAGAUGUCUGAAGAUGGGGACGAUGACCGUGAUGAUUUUCUGCCACCACCACCGUUGAUAAGAGAGUUGGGCCGCCACAAGAGAAAUCAUCCGCUAUGCAUUAUGUUGCCCACGAUUAAUCAAAAUGCUGAAAUCAAGCCUGACUUCAUUCAAGUUCUUCCAAAAUUCAGCAACUCGCUUGGAGAGAGUGCACAUAAACAUCUUGCUGAAUUUGAUUUAGUUUGCAUUACUUUACGCCCUCAAGGUUUUUCUGAAGAUCAUUUAAGAUUACUAACUUUUCCUCAUACAUUGCAGGGUAGAGCUCGAGAUUGGUUGUUUGAUCUAUUGCAUGGAUCAAUCAGAACUUGGGACGACUUAGAGGAGCAGUUCUUGCGUAAAUUCUUUCCAGAAUCAAAGGCUGCAAAUCUAAGAAUAGCUAUUAGUAGCAUCAAGCAGAGGCAACAAGAGUGUUUGUCUGAUUAUUGGGAGAGAUUUCAACAAUUAUGUCAUAGAUGUCCUAACCACGGAUUUUCUGAUUAUCAGUUGCUCAUUAAUUAUUUUUAUCGUGGUAUGUCUUCUUUUGACAGGAGGAUUGUUGAUGCUGCUUGUGGAGGAAGUUUGACCAACAAGACCUUAGAUGAAGCAAAACAAUUGAUUUUUGAUAUGGUCACCAAUGGUCAACAACAUGAGGAUGGGGAUGAUGAUAGGUACAGGCCGAUCAACAUAGCAGAAGAUGUAUGUGUGAAUGAGAAUCUCGAUGCUCUAACUUCCUUAGUUAGAGGCCUGGUUGGAGCUCAAAUUCAGAAGGAUAAUCAUCCAAAUUUCAGCUGGAAUCAUUCGCCUGAAUUUUUCACCAGCGCACAGCCGCAGGCUGGGCGGUAUGCCCAUACCGACCGCCCUGAGCCCAGUAUGAGCGAUAUUCUUCAGAGUCUGGCACAGAGCAGCCAGAUUGUUAACAAUUUGGUGCAAAGUCAGCAAGCUUUCCAGCAAGAGACGCAAGCUGCGUUGGGUAGUAUGGGCACACAGAUCACUCUGCUCACCACUCAAGUGAACAAGUUGCAAGUAAAUCGUGGAAAACUUCCAUCUCAAGAAGAAGUACAUUCCAAGGAGCAUGUUUAUGCUAUGCAUUUAAUGAGUGAGGAAGAUUUCUUUGAUCCAAAGCCCAUGGAAGAUGAAAAGGAGAAGGAAGAGCAAGAAAGUGCUCAGAAUGAUGAAGUUGUCGAAGAGGCACAACAAUAUGAAAAUCUCUCUUCUUCCGAGGUAAGUGUUGAAUCUGAAAUUUAUAAUUCUAAAGCAUUAAUUUCUCUCACUUUUCCUUUCAGGUUGGCUCAACAUAAGAAUGGAAAUGAGGAAAAUGAGAUUCUGGAAAUAUUCACGAUGAAUAAAGAACCACCAAAAUAUUAUGAUGAAAUUCAAGGGUGUAAAGUGCAGCUGAACCCCACCAAUGACGUUCUCACUCAGCAUCUGUCACGCGGUAUGCCCAUACCGACCAGCACUGGACAGAUUGUGCCUUCAAUUGUGAAACUGCCAAAGCGGAAAUUGAAACCACCUGAUGAUUGAUCCAGUUUCAGGGAAGUUUUUGUUAGUUUACUUUCGUUUUUAUUUUAUUUUAUUUUAUUUUUCUUUUUCUUGUCUUUUAUGCUUUCUUUGUUUUGUGUCUUUGUUCUUAGUAUUUCCCCACACAAUGAGGACAUUGUGUUGUUUAAGUGUGGGGGAGUUUUUAUGUCUUUUGUCUUGAGUCUGUGUGCAUGUUUUGUUUUGGUCUUCCUUUUGAGUCUGUCUAUGGCAACUUUUCAUGCGAGCAUUUCGAUUUAUUAGGAUGAGCAUAUUGAUAUGGAUUGUAUGGUUGUUUUCUUGGAUGAUACAAAAAUGUGUUGAAACCCAUAUGUGUUUGAGGAUGACGAAUGUGCAAAUUGAUCAAUUUUGUUGAAAACCACUCAUAUAGUGAGGAUUGAGCCUUUAGAGCAAUAACUUGAAUGCUCCUUGCUUGUUUUCGAUGAGUGUUAUGCAUUCUUGACUUCUUGAUAUUCGGUUUGCCAUGUUGCCAUAAUAAAUUUUUAAACAACCAAUUGGACUCAUUUGUGAAGAUGAUUUAGGCAUUAGGAAUGAACCUCAUUGGCCUUAAAAAUAUCCUACCUUUCAAUAUCCAUUAGUAAGCCAUUUUGAGCCUUAACCCUUUUUAUUGUUAUAUAUGAUUGAAGCCUCGAAAGUUUUAGCCAUUAGCCUUCUUUUAGCCUUGCUUUGUCCCUUUUCAACAAGAUGCAAGUGGUUUUGUUUUGUGAUAUUACUUUGUUGGAAGAAUAAGGUUGAUUGAAAUUUAGUGCUUGGUUGGAAUGAUUGAGGAUUGAAAUUGACAAAAGAGGUUGUUGGUUGUUUAAGAAUGAGGUGAUGUUAUGAUGUUAGUUCCAAAAAAAAAAAAAAAAAAAGAAACAAGAAAAAAAAAAGAAACAAGAAAAAAAAAAAAAGAAUGCUGGAGUUUGAAUGUCUAUGUAUUGGGAAUAAGGGUUGAUUUGAUUGAGUUUGAUUUUGGGAUUCGAAUGUGGUGAACUACUUGCAUUGUGUUGGUUUUAUUAGCCUUGUUUAUCCACUUUUGUUUAUCCUACCUAUGCACCCUAGCCCCAUUACAACCUUGUGGAAAGACCUAUUGAUUCAUGGAUAAGUUUAGUUUUCAAAUGAAAGAUAUUGACAUAGUGGCAAACUUAUAAUGGAUAUAGUCGAGUUGCAUGUGUGUGAAUUUACGUUGCCUUUUGAUAUUGAGAGAUUUGAGUGAACAUGGUGAGGCUGGAUUGAUUUGCACACUUUUGAUUCGAAUGAAGGGUGAAUGGACAUAUUUGUAGAUUCCAAGAAUGGUUUGAGGAAAAUGAUGAUUGUAUCUUGUCCUAACUUUGAGAUUUGCGUGUUGUGAUUGUUGCCAUGGCUAGUCGUUGUUAGUUCAGUCUUGUCUUGCCGUGUUUUGAGUGCUAAGUUUUGUUCUUCCUUUUGUUUUGUUCUUCUUAUGCUCGAGGGCGAGCUUUGUUUAAGUGUGGGGGGAUUUGAUUGGGCGUAUUUAUACGCAUUUAUUUGGGGGAUUUUGGUGUGGUUUCUAUGUUUAAUUCGUGUUAAAUAUCGUCUUUGGAUAUGAAUUAUGGUCUUAUAUAAAUAUUGUUUAUGGUAUUUGAUAGGUUUUGGAGAAAAGUAUUGAUUUUGAGAAGAGUUUUGAAGUCGUGAAGCUGUGUGAAGAGGAAGUUGUGCACGUCUGCCGUGCGGUGUGCCCAUUCUGCCUGGGCGUGAAUUGAUUGCAUGGAUUGAAGGCUAAAGUGCCGAGAAGAAAGACAUGCUGGGCCACCAUGUUUGAUUUGGACUGAUUUUAAUUUAUGGGCCUCGCCACUUUUCUUUUAUUUUAAGUUAUGAGCUUUUGUUUGGUAAGGCCCAUGCGCCACUUUUUGCAUAGUAGAAUUAGGUCUAUUUCAUUAGUUAUAUAUAUAUAUUAAGGAGUGAGUUUUUAGACAUAUCAGACAUAUUCCAGACGGCAACUUUGAAGCAAAGUUGUGGAUGCAAAUUUGGAGUUCUCAAUUCAAGUUUUAUUCCUUCA